GGCCUCCGGCGCCUGCGCGUUGCGGCCCGUCUGCCCGACCUUCAGGGGGCCGGUCACCAUGUUCUCCAGAGCCGCCGUCGCCUCAGCCUGGGCCCUGAGGCCGCCAUGGAUCCAAGUUCGAAAUAUGGCAACUUUAAAGGACAUUACCAGGCGAUUGAAGUCAAUCAAGAACAUCCAGAAAAUUACCAAGUCUAUGAAAAUGGUUGCAGCGGCCAAAUACGCCCGAGCUGAAAGAGAGCUGAAACCUGCCCGCGUUUAUGGAGUAGGAGCUCUAGCUCUCUAUGAAAAAGCGGACAUUAAGGUUCCCGAAGACAAGAAGAAGCAUCUCAUCAUUGGGGUAUCCUCAGAUAGAGGCCUUUGUGGUGCUAUCCACUCUUCUGUUGCUAAGCAGAUGAAAAGUGAAGUUGCUUCCCUCACAGCAGCAGGGAAAGAAGUCAUGCUUGUUGGAAUUGGUGACAAACUGAGAGGCAUUCUUCAUAGGACACAUUCUGAGCACUUUCUGGUGACAUUCAAGGAAGUGGGGAGGAAACCCCCGACUUUUGGAGAUGCCUCAGUCAUUGCCUUGGAGCUGCUAAAUUCAGGCUAUGAGUUUGAUGAAGGAUCUGUCAUCUAUAAUCGAUUCAGGUCUGUCAUCUCCUACAAGACAGAUGAGAAACCUAUCUUUUCCCUUAAUACUGUUGCAAGUGCUGAAAGCAUGAGCAUCUAUGACGAUAUCGAUGCCGAUGUCCUGCAAAACUAUCAGGAGUAUAGUCUGGCAAACAUCAUCUAUUACUCUCUAAAGGAGUCGACCACCAGUGAGCAAAGUGCCAGGAUGACGGCUAUGGACAAUGCCAGCAAGAAUGCUUCUGAGAUGAUCGACAAAUUGACAUUGACCUUCAACCGUACUCGCCAGGCGGUCAUCACAAAGGAGCUGAUUGAGAUCAUCUCUGGUGCUGCUGCUCUGAAUUAAUGGGAACCAAGUUUCAUCCAACAUUGAGGUAAAGAAGAGGAAAACCAAGCCAGCUAGUCGGUUAAGCCUGCUUUUGGUCCAUGUCAAGGGAAUUGUUGGUCCAUCAAGUAAUUAUGGAAGAUGAUGACGUAUUUGUAAAUUAUCUUACAAUAAACAUCUUACAAGGAAGGA